GGCGGUACCUCUGGGCCCGGCCAAUUGGAGUGGCGGUAGUGUUGUGUCUGCUCACCAGGUGAGGGUGGUAUCGAUCAGCCUGGCCAACAGGAGCGGGUGGUGUUGCGGACUUUGGCCAAUGGGAGCCGGCUUUGGGACUCAGGUCGCAAACAGAAGUGAUGGCCAUGUUUCAUACUGGUAUUCUUGUUUUAACAUCUCCAAUUUCCCUUAUUCCAUCACGCAUUGCUCCUGUUUUGGCAGCAACUGCAAAAAUUGUUAAAGACACUUUAUAUGUUCAUUUACAUCCAGGAUUGGGAUUUACUGGAAAUUACGUUCAAACCAAACCAGCAUUCAUAGCAGCAAACCAUGAAGUUUCUCAACUACUAACUAAUCUUUACACAAAAAGUUCUCAUGUGUGCAGCCACCUGGAUGUCAGAGUCGUUCUCUCAAAUGUUAAAAAUCACACUUCAACACAGCAGCCAUUUUCAUCAGUCCAAAUAUUGUCUGAACCACCAGAGGUAGUUUUAACAGACUACAGAAUUAUAGACGUAAACCAAUCCAAUUUAUAUAUGCAGUGUUUGGAAAAAUACACUCUUGGCUGUUACACAUGCAAACCCAAUUUGAGAGCCAUUUUUUUACCAGCUGGAAUACAUGACUUGGACAGUGCUUCCUGUUCUGAUAUGGAAGAUUCCAGUUUAUGUGAAAGUAUUCCAAUUUACAGUGAUGUUGUGUUGGGUGGAACCUUUGACAGACUUCAUUCCGCUCACAAGAUCCUUCUCAGCAUGUCAUGCCUGCUAACAGGAAAGCGUUUAUUAAUUGGGGUAGCUGAUGGAGAUCUGCUUAAAAGUAAGGUGCUGAAGGAGCUGAUCGAACCUUAUCAACAACGUGUGGAGAAGCUGAGGAAGUUCCUUCUGGAUGUGAACCCUGCUAUACAAUAUGAUCUUGUUCCUCUGAGAGAUCCCUAUGGACCAGCUAUUACCGAUCCAAACAUAAAUUGCAUUGUGGUUAGCGAUGAAACCCAAAAGGGUGCAGAAGCAGUGAACAGAAAACGACGAGAAAAUGCCUUGCAGGAGUUGGCAAUCCAUAGGAUUUGUAUAAUUAAAGAUGCACACCACACAAAAGAUGAAGAAGAAAAGAUUAGUUCAUCCACUUUGAGGAAGCGACUGUUGGGCUCUUUGCUGGUGCCUCCAAAGAAAAAUCUCAAAAUUGCACCAGCUCCUUAUGUGAUUGGACUCACUGGGUGCAUGGGCAGUGGAAAGACGUCAGUUAGGCAGUAUUUGCAGAAAAUGGGAGCCACUACUAUUGAUGCUGAUCAACUAGGACAUGAGACUUACAAACCAGGAGGAGCUGCUUACCACAGGAUCAUUCAGAAGUUUGGACAAGGCGAAAAUGUGGAUUCCUUGACUGCUUUUCUGAAAUGGAGAUCAGGGUCAUCAUCCCAGUUCAUCCAGACAAAGGCAGCAAAACUUCUAACUCAGCUUUUCACUCUUUUGGUUUCUGGAAGAUGGUGGAGCAAAUUAGUGGAGAGUUUUCAAAUGUUCAUGCUGUCUCAUGUACAUCUUAAAACCUUCACUCAGAAAACAUAGUUCAAAAAAAAUCUUUAAAUCUGAUUUUGCCUUGCUGGACUGACCGUCUCUUCCUGGGACCUCCAUUGCCAUUCAUUGUCUGCCCUCUGCUUGAAUGUAGGGACUCUUACAGACUUGCUGGAAUGAGUUUCCAGGUAUUAAUGUUUUUUUUUAAUAGCCAACUUCUGCUAUCUGUUUAAACACAGUGAUCUUCCUGGAAGUUGCUGUGUAUAUUAAAACCUUUUUAACCAAGGCUCAGCCAGCAAUUAGACCCUAGGCCUGGCUUCUCCAACAAACAGAGCAUAUUAGGUCUCUUCUUUUCCUUUUAACACAAGCUGUCCCAAAUGCCACCAGUCAUUUCCAGCUCAUAAUUCAAAAUUGAUUAAAGAAUAAAUUUAAAAUAAUGAAAUAUCACCAGGAGUGCUAACCCUCUGCUUUUUAUUCUCCCUGCUAAAGUUAACAAUUUCACAUUUUCUCAUUACUGUCCAUGUCCCACAAGUGUGACUGUUCAUUUCAUUUAUCUGUCUGCAUGCUUGUAAUGUCAGCUUCAUACCAUACUUUCCUAUAUUUGUGUCAUCUGCAAAUCUAGCCAUUAAGCCUCCAAUCCCCUCCCAAAAGUCAUUCACAUAAUUUGAAGGACAGCACAGACCCCAGCAGGACUUCACUCAUCUCAUUCUGCCAAUCUGAAAAAGAUUUUAUGUAUACUUUGUUUUCUGGCAGCCAGUCAAUCUUCUGUCCAUGCUAAUAUGUUCCCCUAAUCUAUGAGCUCCAACUUUUCUUGAUAACUUUUAAUGUCGAACCUUGUCAGUGCCUUCUGGAAAUCCAAGAGUAGCACAUCACCAGGCACUCCAUUAUCCACAGUGCAUGUCAUUAGAUCAACAAAUUCCAAUAGAUUAGAUACACUGAAUUUCCCUGUCACAAAACUAUGCUGACUCUUCCCAACUACAUUGGGUUCAUUCCAAGUGCCCAGUUAUAACCUUCAUAAUGACAGAUUUUAAAAGUUUCCUAAUGACAGAUUUCAAGUUAA